GAGGAAGAGAACCGUGAUUUUCUUUUUUUAGUUUUAAAGAGAAAAGCUGAACACACGGGACGAUCCGCCGCUUAGCACCGGAGGCUCCACCGCGUCGCGCCCCGCGGACCACCCCGAGCGGACCGUUGGGUUCUUCUCAAUGCUCUAACGGCCCCCCCACCCCCGGUUCGAGACGCGAGAGGCACCAGGAGGAAACUAACCGAGCCGCCGCCAGAGGAAGAAGACAUUUUGGGGGCUUGUUUUGGGGUUUUUCUGGUUGUUGUUUCAAUUUUUUUUUAUCUAAUCGUUUCCGUGGAUCCUGGUUCCCGGUGCCGCCAUCAAGCUGUGUUCUCUAACCAUGGGAUGUACUCUGAGCGCGGAGGAGCGGGCGGCUCUGGACCGGAGCAAAGCCAUCGAGAAGAACCUGAAGGAGGACGGGGUCACCAUGGCCAAGGAUGUCAAGCUGCUGCUGCUGGGGGCUGGAGAGUCAGGGAAAAGCACCAUCGUCAAACAGAUGAAGAUCAUCCACGAGGACGGCUUCUCUGGUGAUGACGUUAAGCAGUACAAGCCUGUCGUGUUCAGCAACACCAUCCAAUCCCUGGCUGCCAUCGUCCGUGCCAUGGACACACUGGGGCUGGAGUACGGAGACAAAGAACGCAAGGCGGACGCUAAGAUGGUGUGUGACGUCGUCAGUCGUAUGGAAGACACAGAGCCUUACUCUGCUGAGCUGCUCUCCUCCAUGAUGCGUCUGUGGUCCGACUCCGGUCUCCAGGAGUGCUUCAGCCGCGCCCGAGAGUACCAGCUCAACGACUCAGCGCAGUACUACCUAGACAGCCUAGAUCGGAUUGGUGCGACGGACUACCAGCCGACAGAGCAGGACAUCCUGAGGACCCGAGUGAAGACCACCGGCAUCGUCGAGACACACUUUACCUUCAAAAACCUUCACUUCAGGCUGUUUGAUGUGGGAGGUCAGAGGUCAGAGAGGAAGAAGUGGAUCCACUGUUUUGAGGAUGUCACAGCUAUCAUUUUCUGUGUGGCGCUCAGCGGCUACGACCAGGUGCUGCAUGAGGACGAGACCACGAACCGCAUGCAUGAGUCUCUGAAGCUGUUUGAUUCCAUCUGUAACAACAAGUGGUUUGAUGACACGUCCAUCAUCCUCUUCCUGAACAAGAAGGACAUCUUUGAAAGCAAGAUCACCAAGUCGCCACUGUCCAUCUGCUUCCCUGAAUACAGUGGACCUGACACUUACGAGGACGGAAUAGCCCACAUCAAGUCUCAGUACGAGAGCAAGAACAAGUCGACCAAGAAAGACGUCUACUCCCACGUGACCUGCGCCACCGACACCAACAACAUCCAGUUUGUCUUUGACGCUGUCACUGAUGUCAUCAUAGCCAAUAACCUGCGGGGCUGUGGCCUUUACUGAGGAUGCUGUUAAAUGUUAGUCACAGGGUGUUGGACGAGGUUUUAGCCAUGUAGGUGUCACGAGGGUAAAUACUUGUGCUGCCUACGUGGUUGAAAUCAUAUGGUUAUGUGGCUUCUGUCUGUGAUGCUAUCAUGUGACAAGAAGUCAAAUAUGGGGGUUUUAUCGUACAACUUACCCACACGGCUGAUCAUUGCUUCAACUUGACUUUUAAUUAUUGAUUUCGACUGGUUGGUUGAGACUUCUUUUAACCUAGUUGUCUUUUUUUGAUUCCUUGUGUCGGCUCCUGAAGAGGAACCGGCAGCAGCAUCCAGUAACACUGUUCUUUGUGUGUUCGUGCGUCUAAAUGCCAAAUGUGCUGCUCGUGUGCUCCAGCAAUCUUACACAAUACCCACAGUAAACUCUUGAGGGACACAAGGUUCCUGAGAUGAAUUUGUACAUACACAAAAGUGCCUUAAUCAUAGAAGUGGACUGACUGCAGCUCAAGUGCAUCCCUCUUAGCGUUAUCCUCCAAAAUGAUAAAGUGGGAAUCCCUCUCCUCCCACCCUGAACUAUUUCCUAUUGCUUGAAUUGUUAUAUACCACAGACACGUGCCUUAGUCCAUUGAAAGUCGGAUUUACAACUGCUCUAAACUAUGUCCUGCAGUGAGUCCCAUUCAAAGUCAAACUUAUCACCAUUUUUGUUCAGAAAACACUUAUAACUGGAUUGUGCCCAGCAAACCAAGAACACUGUCAGAUGCUUCAUCAUCUCAAACUUCAUGGCCCUGUGGUUCGAGGCCAUAUGUUAUCACUGCAAAGUCCCCAUUUUGAUUCCCUUGCAUUUCAUUCCCCUCUUGCUCUCUCUCUCUUCCUGUGUUUCUGGAAAACGUGGACUUGUGCCAUGUUGUGAUAUUUGAUAUUUAUUCUGAGGAGGAUCCUGCUCGGUUUGUUAACGACUGUUGCACUUCGCCUUCGUGCUUCAAACCAUGGAGCUUCACCUAAGUACCUUCGUGCAAACAAGAAUAUAAAACACAUGAUGAACUCAAUUAUAACGGAUAAAUACAGAUAAGACAGACAAGUGGUUCAUAGACAUAUUACAUAAUUUUUCAGUUUACAAAAUUGUUUAUCUGCCUCGUAUAAACUACACAGCCAGAGUUUAUACAGUAGAAGUGAAUAGUGUUAUUUCCAGUCAGUGUUUUAAUCCAAAUGCCAUAAGGUUGAACUGUUGAUGCUUUUCACUGUUAGUGAAAUUGUGCUUUUGAUUGGACCUAGAAAACCCAAUGGACGUGUUCUCGUUUGUUUGUUGUUGUUUUUAUUUUUACAUAUCUUCAAUUUAUUGUUUGCGAGGAAGUCGCUAUUCGUGUGAGGAGGAGGAAGAGGAGGAGGAGGAGGAGGCUGCCGUCAUCCUUCAUCCCCUCUGGUCAUAUUUUAGGAUUGACUCUCCCGCCUCUCGUUUUGCAGAUUGCCUGGAUCCACUAUAAAUAUCACUUUUUACGAAGAAGUACCAGAGCCAGUGUGCUGACUCAACCAGACAACUCCCAGAUAUUGCUUCAAUGGAAGCAUUGAUUUUAAAUCGUCCCCAGGGCCAGAUCCAUUGUGUCGGGCUGCACAGUGUAACAUCCCUCUUGUCCACCACGCCGCCCUAAUAAGCCAGCAGUGAGCUUUGAAAGAUGGUGCUGGUGAGCACACACAGUCCUGUGGGAUACGAAUGUCAAACCUUGUGACUGUAGUCUGAGCCGUGAUGUUUCACGGGUUUUGCAGAAUGAGUUUCCUUUCUGGUGGCGCCCAGAGCUGCCGAGGGAUUGAGGUCUGAUGCAGCGCUCAGCUUAGGUGAACUGGAAAUUGAUGCGUGUUGUUUUUAGGGACGGUUUGAAUUUUGAGCCGGAGAGAUGCACCUCGAAAACAUAAUGGACUCCUCCCUCCUCUCUGUUCUCAGCAGAAGUUUACAGCGUCACAUAUUAACUGAGCUCGGUUGCUUUAUUUAUUCAUGAGCAAGGCAUUUAUUCCACCCUCCUCUCUCCAAACUCAGAACAGCGAGAUCGUGUCACCUCCCUCCGCUCGGGGCUGCCAUCUUAUCUCUAAUCAGGUAGAUGAUGUCAUCAGCUCUCCCUCACACAUCUGUGCCAACGUUUUCUAACUAGAUACCUAAGGCAACAUCCUGUGUGUGUGUGUGUGUGUGUGUGUGUGUGUGUGUGUGUGUGUGUGUGUGUGUGUGUGUGUGUGUGUGUGUGUGUGUGUGUGUGUGUGUGUGUGUGUGUGUGUGUGUGUGUGUGUGUCUGUCUGUUACCUUCAUGUGUGUGUUGAUUUAGGAAAGGUAUGUGUGCGUGCGUUUAUGCUCAUGAUGUUGCGUAAGAGACAACAUCAGCCCAUGGGUGUUGCGCUGGAGCCAGUAUCUGUGGAUUAAUUACCCAGAAGGCACCUGUCUACCCUUUCCACACACAUGCACACACGCACACGCAAAGGCACUGAAGACACAAACACACCCUUGGGACUCUCCAAAUGUCACAACACCUUCCUUGGCAGCACCAGAUAAUACCACCGCACUCAGCCAAGGAGCCUCAGAUGUUUCCAGGUUCUUUUGCCAAACAAGACGUCUGCUGCCUCUUGUGCUGCGAGUUGAGUUGAUCAUCAUCUCCUCUGUCUCAUUACAUCCACUACGUGUGAGAUCAGCUUUUGCUGUUUGAUUGUUGAUGUCAGGACGACAGGAUGUGAAAUAUGCAUAAAGUGUUGGGCCUGACAUUAAUGCAGAAAAGAUGAAAGCAGUUUCGAGCGCUUCACUUUCACUUCUCACUCCUGUCGGUGGCUAGAUCGUGUUUAGAAGCUUCUCUCCUGUUUUAAUGCAUGAGUGUGCACAAGUUCGCUUUUUGUUGUCACUUGCGUAGAUUUCAAAUAUAUAAUUCACAUGUUUCAACGAGCGUCUGUUACUUGUUUCAAAUUGUUAAUUGUACUUUAGUAGCGCAGGAUAAUUACACCAUUCAGGAUUAGUUGUUGCCUCACAUGAUGGAGGCAAAGAUGCUCCUGGAGACGUUUCUGUUGUAAUUAAAUCAGGACGCUUCAUGCCCCAGAGCCUAAAGGGCGGGCAGCGGGCACCGGUAGACACAAGCUGUGGAACAACCCGCUGGUGAAAUUUCCAUCCACACCAACUUAGCAGGCUCCUGUUCACAUUUAGGUGAUUUAUUUGCCCUCAGGGUGGAAACAGCAGCUCUCUGCUCGGCUUCUUUCCUGCCUGUGUCGACCUCAGUGCACAGGUAGAGGUGAAUCUACAGCCGGUAUUCUGCUGUACAGAUUCUUCAGUGGUUUACUCAUUCAUUUGGAGUACUAUCAGAUGUAUUUAAAAUAUGUAAGAUCACGUUCUAUUCGGUAAAAAUCAGUUCUGUCUCCGUCCUUUCAGCAAGACUCUUUCUCCAUUUCAUUUUAUACAGCAUUGCAGUCGCCUUGAAACCAUUUAAAAUGCAGGUUUCAAGCAAUUCAACACAAAGUGAGCAUAAUGUGAUUAUUUUACCAUUGAAGAAAAGCCAUUAACAUUAUGUAAAAAUCCAGUCUCUCAAUUGUAUAUUGAAUUUCCGGUGUGGACUGCAUCUCAUCUAGAGAACAACGUUAUCACAGCAGGGACACGCUGGUGAUGUUGUGGCCUUACUCAUUUUAAAGAACACAUUAAAGGCCCAGUCUCCUUGAGAGUGGUUCAGCAUAAUUGAUCUGCUCAUUUUCAAAGAGGUGGCUCAGGAAAGAGAUUUAUUGACUGUUUGGUUAACUACACAUUGACCAGGGAAGAGCAUCCAUCCAAUAACACGUCGUCAAGGGGGCAAACAAUGAGCUCUUAAAUCUAGCCGGCAAAUAGAAGUUGUGUUUGACACUUAUCUAAUCUGGAGCUAGAAGUACCUUGAGUUUAAACCUCCGCCAACCGUCCCCUUUAAAUUCAGUCUGGCUGCACCACAUUUUACUCAUGUUAAAACUUAACCUCCUUGGUGAAGCUAGGAUCGCUUCCUCCAUUUUGGCUCUGCACGGUCAGCAGUGGCAGGGCGGGGGGGCUGUUGGUCAAUAAGGUGAAGUUGUGCGUCGCAGUUCAACAAGUUUUAUUUGAGACAAAACUUCAGGUCUACUAACUAUAGCAGAUCCAUUGGAAUGAAUCAGUUUUGCAGCAGAGUUUUGUUUCUUCACAGAAACUGUCACUUGUGAGGUGAUGCAUGCAAAUUAACAGUAACAAUGAAAUGGACUGAAACCAAUUUAACAAAAGUUUAUAGGACUCAAGCGCAGAGAGGAGAGUGAAACGUCGUGCUCUGUUUGAGCUUCAACCAACUGAGCUCAGUGAUACAAAUCAAAGGAGAGAGGUGUGAACCUUCACACCUCAAACAUGUCUCAUCUCACAUAUGAUUCUUCUUUGAGUCUUUGCUUCUUAGGAGGAAACGUCCUCACUUUCCCUCUCUGACCCGCUCUGCUCUCCUCUGUCUGCAACACUGACGCUCCAAAGCUAGUAGUGGUUUAUAGGGUGAAGACAGGAUUGAUACUUCCACAGUGUGUGUUUGUGUUUGUGUGUCUGUGUGUGUGCUUUUCACAUCCCGUCCCUGCUCCUGAUGAAGGACUAAUAAACCCCCAAACAACCAGUGGGAAAUCACGUCAACAGCCGAGGCCAAGAGGACAGUGGGUAAUGUGGUUUAUGUCUCGCUUCGGCCCCAACAAGAAAUCCUGAGUUUCCCCGUAUGAAAGGAGAGAUUUGUGGGUAAUGUAGUCUGAGGCCAUGUUACAGAGGGUUUAUGGGCCACACAGUUUCUUUCCCAGUGGCUGCCUGUGGUGUGGAUGAUAACCCCGCAGGUCCUUUCAGGUAACACAGGUCCUGUGGUGUCUGGGCUGCAGCUGCUGAUCCAGAUGAGACGCCUGCACCUGCUAGCUAUUAAAAACAAGUUGUUGAAAUGUCACAACAGCCAAAUGAAGAACCGGUCAGACUGAAUAGUUACAUUUCACCAUAUUGAUUUAAAACAGUUUUUUUUUCUCUCUGCUGCCGUAUUUAUGCUUUCAAAUUUAGAGAUAAGAGUUUCGCCUGCAAUUACUUUUGAGUCGUCUUUAUAAUGCGUUUAGUUCUGAGGCCGACAGGUGAACCGAGCACUUGAGCCUUUGUAAAGACUCCUGCUCUCCUGCUGGAGGUCAGAACGCCCGGCGAGCCCGGGUAGAAGCAAAGAGUCUGACCCGGUAGACGUCCUCACACUCGUGCUCUCACCGCUGCAGCUCUUUUCAGCUUCAUCCGUCCGAACCAAACAACACCUGUCUAUACUGUACAGAUCACCUGAAGGCAAAAUGUGUGUUUACUUGUAUGUGUUCUAUUGAGCAAGUGCUGUGUUUCACUGAGCACUGUGAGUUGAAAUGUGUCUGCUGUAUCUCCGUCACUGCUGUGAUAAUUUAUUGAACGUUGUAUUUAUACGUAAAAUAAAACGAUAAUAAAGGACCACGUGAAUAAC